CGCCGCAGCCGCCCGGUUAUGGGCGUGAGAAGCGGUGGGCGGCGGCGGCGGGUGGGUGGCGGCGCCGCGAGGGGGGCGCGGGCUGCGAUGGCGGCCAGACGCUGAGGGAAGCCCGGCGUGGGCUCCCGCUCGCCGGCAUCGGGGCCGGGAGGGGGGAGAGUGCUGGUGUGCGGGAGUAGUGAGGGGCUCAGCCCCGGUCCCGGGCAUGGCGGAGACCCUGAGCCCCUGCACCCCACGGGGCCAGUGUCAGGCCAACAUGGGUGCCAACACCUCGUCGGCCAACGUGGAUGCCAACGCCUCCUCGGCUGCCUCUGCGCUGGUCGGUGGCAGCACGUGGAGGGGCCGGGAGCCCUUCUCCAUCUUCACCAUCCUCAUCCUGACCCUGCUGGUGCUCCUGACCGUGGCCACCUUCCUCUGGAACCUGCUGGUGCUGGCGACCAUCCUGCGAGUGAAGGCUUUCCACCGGGUGCCCCACAACCUCGUGGCCUCCACGGCGGUGUCGGAUGUGCUGGUGGCAGCCCUGGUGAUGCCGCUGAGCUUGGUGAAGGAGCUGUCAGCCGGGCGGCGGUGGCGGCUGGGCCGGGAGCUGUGCCUCGUGUGGGUCUGCUUCGAUGUGCUGUGCUGCACGGCCAGCAUCUGGAACGUCACCGCCAUUGCCCUGGACCGCUACUGGUCCAUCACCCGCCACCUGGAGUACACGCUGCUCACCCGCCGCCGUAUCUCCAACGUCAUGAUCGCUCUCACCUGGGCGCUCUCCGCCGCCAUCUCCCUCGCCCCCCUCUUCGGCUGGGGGGAGACCUACAGCCCUGAGCAGGAGCGCUGCCAGGUCAGCCAAGAGCCCUCCUACACCAUCGUCUCCACCGGCGGGGCUUUCUACCUGCCCCUCUGCGUGGUGCUCUUCGUCUACUGGAAGAUCUACAAGGCAGCCAAGUUCCGCAUGGGGGGCCGCAGGAGGAACGCUGUGAUGCCCCUGCCUGAGGCUGCUCAGGUGAAGGAAGCUUCGCAUGAACCACAGAUGGUGUUUACAGCUCGUCAUGCAGCUAUCGCUUUCCAGACAGAUGGAGAAACAUGGAGAGAACAGAAAGAGAAAAAGGCAGCUCUGAUGGUUGGCAUCUUAAUUGGAGUUUUUGUACUGUGCUGGAUCCCUUUCUUCGUCACAGAAUUAAUAAGUCCUCUCUGUUCCUGCAACAUCCCACCCAUCUGGAAGAGCAUCUUUCUUUGGCUUGGCUACUCCAAUUCUUUCUUUAAUCCUCUCAUUUAUACAGCAUUUAACAAAAAUUACAACAAUGCCUUCAAGAACCUUUUUGUAAAGCAGAGAUAAAAGGGGUGAAAAUGAUUCCUUUCUUGCAUACUACAGAGAUUUCUUGAGAGACACAUGCCUGCGAUAUGUACAGUUUUCAUGCGCAAGAGCUACUUAAGAGGAUUUAGGAGCAAUGAAGAAGAUGGAAGAUGUUUGAAUAUAAAUCUACUGACAGUUUACAGUUCCCCCUUGGAAAUACAUAUAUGCUGCUCCAGGGUUUGGCAAAGAAGCUCGAAGCAGUGAAUACCUCCUGUCUGCUCUUUGAAUCAACACGUGUUAAGGUCUGCAAGCAAAGCACUGGCUAAUACCAUGACUAUCAAAUCUAACCGGACUGAUCUCAUCUAACCAGCUACAGGUGCCAUUCUGUAGCUCGCUCAUCGUUAGCAAAGGCACUGGUGGAAACUGCUAAUGGAGCAAUACUGAAAUGUUUGUACGGGCAGGCUGCUGGCUUCAUUUUUGAGAUUUAUUUGGAAAGGAGGGAAUAAACAUGCUGUAUUCAAUCAGUUGUUGCAUUGAUGUGAAAUGAAAAUGGAUGUCUACACAGCUCAAAACCACACCCUAGUAUGACUGAAGAGCUGCAUGUUCUCUAACAAGCAGCACGGGAAGUCUUGGUGAAAUACAGGCUAGUUGUGUCCCCUGGGGUUAAGUGACAUUUUAGAACCAAGUGUACAAUCAUUUAGAGCUACUGGUAAUAUGCUUACACCUGCUCACGCAGGAGGAGGAUCUAGCGCAGAGGUUUCACCUGGCAUUUUAUCCUCUUACUCUGCAGGGCUCAGGCUCUCCGGGCUCUCCUCUUUUCUGAAACCCAGGUGAGCUCAGGGUAGACACCUGAUACCUCCCAGGGCAGGGGGACUGUACGCAGCAUUAUUUUAUGCUGCCAUAAAACUAAGCAUGUAUUUGUGUUACAAACACCAAACAUGCUGUAUUCAAUCACCGGGUUUGCUGGCAGCAACGUGUCUGCUUGUCAGAGGCAGGUGAGUACCUGCACUGCGCUGCCUGGGGUCCUUGCAUCAGAAAUGUUUUGCUCAUCGCCCUACCUGAGUGAAUUCCACAAUUUGCCAGCUUGCAUCAGCUUUCUUCUACUGUAAGGAAGGUAUUGAUGCCAUCAGGUCUAAGUGACUCCAAAUACCCCAAAGUGACUCAAAACCAAGCCUUAAAUUGUUUUUCCAACAUCUAACAAACACUCCUGUCCCCGUAAUAUAUACUUAAAUAAAUUAAAAGAUAAGUAUUUCUAUACAUACUGUCCAGUCUCUCUCUAUAUAUAUUUGUUCCUCUAGUGGGUUUUACUUCCUCCCCUUCCCUGAGGGAGGGAUACUGGUAGUAUCUUUGAGUAUUUUUAGUGUGGCAGCUUUUUACCGAGACAGAGUCCCAGCACCCUCUCCCAUCUCCUCCUAAAGCUUCUUUAGGUACCGUAAGGGCAAAACACUGUAGCUCUGAUGGGGCUGGGCACCAUCACAGCUCCUUUUGAAGCUGAGGUUUAACCUUCUACACUGCCUUUCUCUGCCAAUUUUGUGUUUUCUGCUACUGAAGCAACCUUUUGAUUCAAAGCAUAUCCGCAGGCAAACGCCACCAAACUGCACAGAAUGACUAAAAGUUACAAAUUACAGGCCCAGCAAUAUACACCACUGGCAUCUGGAGGCCAGUGCAGGGCAUCACGCUCAGCCUCGUCUCUGACUGGUACCCAGCUAACGGGCAUCGCAUCGACGCGAGCGCUGACGGUGCACGUCCUACCAAAGCCUUGGCUCCCUGGCAGUCUCUCACAGGCACUGGCAGCUGGGGACUGACGUACUCAACGGCCAUGUCGGAGAGGAAUUAUCGAGUACCUUGUAUUCUGAAAAACAGAAAAAGGAUGCAGCCUUUACUUGCGUAAGUGUAAAGCAGAGUUUAUUGCAGUGUAGCUUAAUGUGAUUCGUGUAUCUGCUGAUGUCAAUUUGUGCUUAAUGUCAGGUACAUGGGCAACUUGGACCGAGGCAAGUUCCAGCUCCUUUCUAAAUAAGUGAUUUUAACAAAUGCUGUCAAAGUGCACGUUCCUCCAGUUCCUUAAGGGAAGCGCCUGGCCUCAUGGUGAGAUCAGGCUGUACUUCACACCCUGCAGUACUGCGAAAUUCCAGUGCAACCUGCUGUGUCUGCAGCCACAGGCAUCUGUAUAUCUUAUGUACCUGCAGGGGAUGCCUCUCACUUUCAAUGGGAAUUAAGAAAUUUUGAUAACCUAGAAUUUAAAAAAGUUGUUAGAUAGUGUCUCAGACUUUCAAAUGCCAACUUAAAUUUCCCUUGUGAAUCUCAAUUUGCCUCCAUAUGGAAUAGCUACACUGCAAACUAGUGUUUGGAGGCUUAAUUAAACUGGAAUGAAAACACGUAUGUAAGAGUCUAAAAGUUACUAAGACCUGCAGGCCUUAUUCAGAACCAUUGAUGAAU